AUGGCCAGCCCCAUGAACAUAGAGGAAGGCAUGCUGGCUGCUGAUCUUGAGGACAGACUGAGUCCAAAUCUAUGGCAAGAAAAGAGAGAGGAUGUUGAAAGCCAAAGUAAAACAUCAGGUCCAGAGCCCCAGUCUUUGGAUGAGUUCACCAGUCUGCUGAUCGCUGAUGACACCCGGGUGGCCGUGGACCUGCUCAAGCUGUCAGUCUGCAGCAGGGCUGGAGACAGCGGCAGGGACGUGCUCUCGGCUGUGCUGUCGGGCAUGGACACCGCCUACCCACAGGUGGCAGACAUGUUGUUGGAGCUCUGUGUAACUGAGUUAGAAGAUGUGGCUACAGAUUCACAGAGUGGCCGUCUUUCCUCCCAGCCUGUAGUGGUAGAGAGUAGCCAUCCCUAUACAGAUGACACUUCCACCAAUGGCACGGUGAAGAUACCAGGGAAACUCUCUACGAGAAAGGCAGGAUACAGUGUGGAGCUGCACGUGGAUGAUGUGAGCGACAUCUGCAUGAAGGGCGGGGACGUCAACUUUGUGUUCACUGGCUUCUCUGUGAAUGGAAAGAAAGGGAAGGGCAAAUGCCCAGGACCGGAGUCGUUGCGCUUGCUGUGUGAGAGCGAGGUGCACUUCCUCCGGGGAAGCUCCUUCCACCCCUUCUCUCGGAGCUGCUCUGGGGAGCUGCUGGCGCCCUGGGCAGUCCUCAGCAAAGGGCAGCCCCGGGGGCCUGCAGGAGUUCAGGUGUCCCUGAGAAGCACAGGCACUGAUGCAAAGGUCCAGUUCACAGUCACACAGCCUGGCGGAAAUGACGGGGAGCCCAUGAAAGGGGUGAAGUUUCUUCUCUUUUCUUCUUUAGUAAACAAAGAGGAUGUCCUGGGCUGCAAUGUGUCCCCGGUGUCCGGGUUCCAGCAUCCAGAUGAGAGCCUGGUUUAUCUGUGCCAUGCGGUCUCCAAAGAAGACUGCUCGUUUUCUUUCUAUUCCUUGCCGAGUGGGGGCUGCACUGUGGUGCCCUUCUACAGAGGAGAGAGGAUCACCUUCGAUGUGGCACCUUCCAGGCUUGACUUCACUGUGGAGCACGACAGCCUGAGACUCGAGGUGAAGCUGCGUCGUGCCCUGGAGCCCGUGUUCCAUGUCAUGGGCUUCUCUGUCACUGGGCGGGUCUUGAAUGGACCUGAAGGAGAAGGUGUUCCAGAGGCUGUGGUCACCCUGAACAACCAGAUUAAAGUCAGAACAAAAGCUGACGGCUCCUUCCGCCUAGAGAACAUAACGACAGGGACGUACACCAUCCAUGCUCAGAAGGAGCAUCUCUACUUUGAGAUGGUCACCAUCAAAAUUGCACCCAACACUCCGCAGCUGGCAGACCUCAUUGCUACUGGACCGGUGGCUCAGAAACCGGACGGCGGUGCAGGCCUCCACGGCUUCCAGGCUGAGGCCCCUGUUGAAGACCGCGCCUUACAUGUGCAGACCUUGAUGGAAGCCAUCCAGAUCUCCGAGGCUCCACCCACCAACCAGGCCAUGGCAGCUGCCAGUGGGCAGAAUGCUAGUCCCCAGAGUUCACAGCCCCCAACUGCCAAUGAGGUGGCUGAUACUGAGGUUUCAACAGCUGCUGCUAGGCCUAAGACAGGCUUUAAAGCUCAGAAUACCAAGGGUCCAAAUGAUUUCUCUCAGGCACGUAAUGCCAAGGAAAUGCCCAAGAACCAGUCUAAGGCAGCCUUUACGUCACAGAAUGGCACCGCUAAAGGCCCAAAUGCUGCCUCUGAGUUUUCCCAGGCAGCAAGCGCAGGCAAAUCAGCAGCUAAAAAGUCUGAAAUGGCCUUUAAGGCCCAGAAUACUAAGGCAGGCCCCAGUGCCACAUACAAUUUCUCUCAGUCUCCCAGUGCCAAUGAGAUGGCCAACAACCAGCCUAAGACAGCUACUAAGGCUUGGAAUGAUACCACUAAGGUCUCUGCAGCUGAUGCCCAGAUCCGGAAUGUAAACCAGGCCAAGAUGGCUGACUUAGGGACCAGCCCAGGUAUCUCUGAAACUGAUGGCGCAGCUGCACAGACCUCAGCAGAUGGCUCCCAGGCUCAGAAUGUGGAGUCCCGGACUAUAAUUCAGGGCAAGAAGACCGGCAAGAUUAACAACUUGAAUGUGGAGGAGAACAGCAGUGCGGAUCAAAGACGGGCCUCACUGGCUUCAGGGAACUGGAGGUCUGCUCCAGUUCCAGUGACCACUCAGAACCCACCUGGCACACCCCAGAAUGUGCUGUGGCAGACCCCACUGGUGCAGAACCUGUCAGGCUGGCAAAACCAGAAAACCAAGCAGACCCCACCAGCACGUCAGAGUCCCCCAGCUAGGCAGACAGCAUCAGCUUGGCAGAACCCAGUUGCAUGGCAGAAUCCAGUGAUCUGGCCUAACCCAGUGAUCUGGCAGAAUCCAGUGAUAUGGCCAAAUGCCAUUGUCUGGCCCGGUCCAAUUGUCUGGCUAAACCCAAUGGUCUGGCAGAAUACAACUGGAUGGCAGUCCCCACCCACCUGGCAGGCUCCACCCAGCUGGCAGAACCCUCAAGAUUGGCAAGGCCCUCCAGAUUGGCAGUUACCCCAUGACUGGUCACUGUCUCCUGACUGGGCAGUUCCCACUGAUUGGCCUUAUCCACCUGACUGGAUCCCUGCCGACUGGCCAAUUCCACCUGACUGGCAGAAUUUACGACCCUCGCCCAAUCUGAGAUCCUCCCCCAACUCUCGUGCCUCACAGAACCAGGGUGCACCACAGCCCCGAGAUGUGGCCCUUCUUCAGGAAAGAGCAAAUAAGUUGGUCAAGUACCUGAUGCUUAAAGACUACACGAAGGUGCUCAUCAAGCGCUCAGAAAUACUGAGGGAUAUCAUCCGAGAAUACACUGAUGUUUAUCCAGAAAUCAUCGAACGCGCCUGCUUUGUCCUGGAGAAGAAGUUUGGAAUUCAGCUGAAGGAAAUUGACAAAGAAGAGCACCUGUAUAUUCCCAUCAGUACUCCUGAGUCCCUGGCUGGCAUACUGGGAACGACCAAAGAUACACCCAAGCUUGGUCUCCUCUUGGUGAUUCUGGGCAUUAUCUUCAUGAAUGGCAACCGUGCAAGUGAGGCUGUCCUUUGGGAUGCACUGCGCAAGGUGGGACUGCGUCCUGGGGUCAGACACCCCCUCCUUGGUGAUCCAAGAAAACUUCUUACUUACGAGUUCGUGAAGCAAAAAUACCUGGACUACAGACAAGUGCCCAACCUCAACCCUCCUGAGUAUGAGUUCCUCUGGGGCCUCCGUUCCUACCAUGAGACUAGCAAGAUGAAAGUGCUGAGAUUCAUUGCAGAGGUUCAGAAGAGAGACCCUCGUGACUGGACCGCACAGUUCAUGGAAGCUGCAGAUGAAGCAUUGGAUGCUCUGGAUGCUGCUGCUGCUGAGGCAGAGGCCUGCGCUGAAGCAUGAACCCGCAUGGGAAUUGGAGAUGAGGCUGUGUCUGGGCCCUGGAGCUGGGAUGACAUUGAGUUUGAGCUGCUGACCUGGGAUGAGGAAGGAGAUUUUGGAGAUCCUUGGUCCAGAAUCCCCUUUACCUUCUGGGCCCGAUACCACCAGAAUGCCCGCUCCAGAUUUCCUCAGGCCUUUACUGGCCACAUUAUCAUCCCCAGUGGUACAGCUACUGCCAACUUCGCCGCCAAAUUCAGUGCCAUUGGCUUCUUCUGGGUUGAGUAAAAUGUCCAAUCCUGCUCAUCAUUUGCAAUAGUUUUCCCUCUGAGUAAGGCUGAAGCCUCAGAUUCCUUCAGAACCCAGCUAUCUAGAGAGCCACAUCCUCUUGACUGAGUGGUAUGCAAGAUAAAUUUAUUUGCUAUUCUAUUACUUUUUUUUUCUUGUGUGUUGCCAAGUUUUGGUAUCAGAAAUAAAUGUUGAAAUUGCAAAGUG